UUUUCUUUUCUAUGCCCCCGGUUAGCGCUCCGUGCUAGCAGGCCCCAGACCCUCCCUCCCCUGCCUUCCCGAGGACCGCAUGCAGUCGGGGUUCAGAGGUCGCGACGAUUGGAGCACCAUGGACGCCCGAGUCCGGGCACACCAGAUCGCCCUGGGUAGAGCGUCACCUAGCCCGUCGGGGCAGUUCCCGAUGAGCAGGGACGGCGGCUUCCCAGACUGGGACGCGGAGCAGCCUCAGGGGUGGUCCAGGCAGAGGUCGAGCAGUAUCUCGGGGUCGGACGGCUACAGGUCGGGGUCCGGGUCCGGGCCGGGCAGGUUCACGGUCGGGGACCCAGGCGGGCUGGCGGGCGGGCUAGCCACCAUGCGCCGAGGAGCCACGCCGCAGCGGGGCAUGAUGUCCUCGGCAUCCGUGUCCAACCUGGCGCACCAGCAGCAGCAGCAGCACCAACACCCGCACCCCGCGCACUUCGGCAUGAUGCAGCAGGCUCAGUCCAUGGCGCACCUGGGCUGCCCCAGCUGCAGCUGCCUGCCCAGCGCCGUGGCGCCAAACCCCAUGUGGAUGGAGCAGCAGAUGGCGGCGCAGAUGGCGGCGCAGAUGGCACCCUGGGACGGGUCGACGCUGCACCGCCACAACUCGAUGGGCGUGCUCUGGGGCGGCAUGGGGCAGUGGGCGUAUUACACCACCAAUGAAACUGAAAAAGUUGGGAAACUUAAUGUAAUGAUGCAAUGUAUCUUGUGCCCGCUCAUGCAGCAACUUGGACAUCGUGCUAAAGACCAUCCUGGACCCACCCGUGCACGAGCUGUUCCAGCGGAAACUGAGAGACAGAACGCUCGUUAUGGACCCCAAUUUCCGCUGGUGCGUGAAGUGUGA